AUGGACCCGGCUAGUGAUUGCACUGAAGCCUGGAACAAGAACCCUGUGUCCCAGCCCAGGCUGAGGCCCCCAGGGCGUGGCGUUCUGGGUCCCGGGUUUGAAUGUGAGGCAGGGGAGGGAGGCGGCUGGAGGGACCAUGUCCCGUGGAGGCCCCCACCUCGGCUGGCCCCCGUCCUCAUCCCCCCCCCCCUUCCUCUCCAGGACGUGAAGAUCUUCCGUGCCCUGAUCCUGGGGGAGCUGGAGAAGGGGCAGAGCCAGUUCCAGGCCCUCUGCUUUGUCACCCGGCUGCACCACAAUGAGAUCAUCCCCAGCGAGGCCAUGGCCAAGCUCCGGCAGAAAAACCCCCGGGCCGUGCGGCAGGCGGAGGAGGUGCGGGGCCUGGAGCAGCUGCGCAUGGACGUGGCGGUGAACUUCAGCCAGGGGGCGCUGCUGAGCCCCCACCUGCGCAACGUGUGCGCGGAGGCCGCCGAGGCCAUCUACACCCGGCACGAGGACGUCCGCUUCUGGCUGGAGCGAGGUGUGGACAGCUCUGUGUUCGAGGCCCUGCCCAAGAUCUCGGAGCCGGAGCUGCCGCGCUGCGCGCAGGCGGGGGAGCGGGGGCAGCCCUGCGUCUGCCGCUACGGCCUGAGCCUGGCCUGGUACCCCUGCAUGCUCAAGUACUGCCACAGCCGCGAGCGGCCCGCGCCCUACAAGUGCGGCAUCCGCAGCUGCCAGAAGAGCUACGCCUUCCACUUCUACGUCGCCCAGAGGCAGCUGUGCCUCUGGGAUGAGGACCCCUAGCCGCGCUGCCGUGGGGGCUCCCCCGCGCCGAGGCCUUACCUGCCCCCCGCCCUGGCCUCCCCUCUCCGCGACUGUGAAGUGGUAACGACGACCCCAUCCCCCACGCUGUGCCAAACCGGGGGACAGAGGGACAGAGCUGUUCCCCACACCUGCCCCCCGCCCCCCCCCCCCAGUGUCUACCGUGAAGCCAUGGGACUGUGACGACCCAGAAUUCUUCUCGAGACCCCCCUCCCCCCAUCCCACCCAGCCAGGGGCCGCUGGGGGCUCAGGCCGCCCCCCCCCCGUGCGCGAUGAUGACGGUGCAUUGUCCUCUGUGGCCCCAAGCGAGAGGGAGGGGGGGAGAUCUGCCCCCCCACCCCCCCACCCCAAACCAACCACACGUGCCUUUUCCCAAGUGGGGCGCGACUGCAGAGCGCAGCCCCGCCCUUCCUCGCGCGCCAGAAGGAUUUCUGUAUUCUGGGACAGGGAGGGAGAAUGAAGUAUCUAUCUAUCUAUCUAUGUAAAACUUGAAUUCCAGAUUUUUAAUACAAAGUAUUUAUCAUUUGUACCAGAAAUAAAGGUUUUAAGUUUUUACCUGA